AUGAUACUCAAGAACUUUCUCCUCCCAGAUUCGGCACCAAGAUUGGACAUAUCUGCUCUGCCUACCAGCCGACUGCAAUUGCCGGAUCGAUGGCUCUUUGAGGACGGCAACGUUGAUACCCAGGUCGCACGCCAAGAUUCCCCAGUCUACAGCUUUUUGAUCUCGCACCCGUCCGGGAAGCAUAUUCUUUUUGACCUGGGCUUGAGAAAGGAGCUCGAAAACAACCCAGAUGUCAUCCGGAACGAUUAUGGAGCAAUAUCGCCUGAAGCACCCAAGGACGCUGUCAAUCUUCUGGCGGAAGGGCCUGUCUCGGCCUCAGAUAUCGACGCCGUGGUGUUCAGCCAUCUUCAUUUCGACCAUACGGGCGAUUGCACCAAAUUCCCUCAGGCGUCGCUGAUCGUCGGUCCAGGGAGCCGCGCAGCAACCACGCCGGGCUGGCCCAAGGACCCUGCCUCGCCGUUUCUGUCAUCGAUUCUCGAUCAUCCAAAGUUCCGGGAAUUGAGCUUCGAAAGGGAGACGUGGAUCGAACUUGGUCCUUUCGAGCGAACGUAUGACUAUUUUGGCGACGGCAGCCUAUAUCUCGUCGACACACCGGGCCAUAUGCCGGGCCAUUUGGGCGCGCUCGUCCAUUCAGGGCCAGGCGAAUGGGUUUUCACCGGUGGCGAUUGCUGUCACCAUCGGUCGUUGCUGAUGGGCAGGAGACCCAUGAGUGUGACUGUGGGUCCGAAUGGGACGAAGAGCUUCCAUAAAGACCCCGAAACUGCAAAGAGAACGAUAGAAAGGGUCAGAGACUUGGAUAACGACGAGAGCUUUUUGGUCGCAUUGCCACAUGACGCCACUUUGGAUGGCAUUAUGCCUCUGUAUCCGGAAAAGCUGAAUGGUUGGAGGAAUAGUCAGUGGAAGAAGGACUUGGAUACCAGGAUUGCCACACUGUUUCCUUAA